AUGGCCAAGCCCACGAGCAAAGACCCUGGCUUGAAGGAGAAGUUCAAGAGUCUCCUGGGCCUGGGGACGUCACGGCCGCACGCCAGGUCUGCAGAGGGCAAGCAGACGGAGUUCGUCAUCACGGCGGAAAUCCUGAGAGAGCUGAGUGUCGAGUGUGGUCUGAGCAAUCGUAUCCGGGUCAUAGGGCAGAUUUGUGAAGUAGCAAAAACUAAGAAAUUUGAAGAGCAUGCCGUAGAAGCCCUCUGGAAGGCUGUCGCAGACCUGCUGAAGCCAGAUCGGCCACCAGAGGCCCGACACGCUGUGCUGGCCCUGCUCAAGGCCAUCGUGCAGGGCCAGGGGGACCGCCUGGGCGUGCUGCGUGCCCUCUUCUUCAAGGUCAUAAGGGAUUAUCCCUCGAAGGAAGACCUGCACGAAAGGUUGGAAGUGUUCAAGGCCCUCACAGACAACGGGCGACACAUCACCUACUUGGAAGAAGAGCUGGCUGACUUUGUCCUGCAGUGGAUGGAAGUUGGCUUGUCCUCAGAAUUCCUGCUGGUGCUUGUGAACCUAGUCAAGUUCAACAGCUGCUACCUCGAUGAAUACAUUGCAUCCAUGGUUCAAAUGAUCUGCCUGCUGUGUAUCCGGACUGCGUCCUCUGUGGACAUUGAGGUCUCCCUGCAGGUGCUGGAUGCCGUGGUCUGCUACAACUGCCUGCCUGCUGAGAGCCUGCCGCUGGUCAUCGUCACCCUGUGCCGCACCGUGAACAUCAAGGAGCUCUGUGAGCCCUGCUGGAAGCUGAUGCGUAACCUGCUGGGAACCCACCUGGGCCACAGCGCCAUCUACAACAUGUGCCGCCUCAUGGAGGACAGAGCCUACAUGGAGGAUGCCCCGCUGCUGAGAGGAGCCGUUUUCUUUGUUGGCAUGGCGCUGUGGGGGGCCCACCGACUUUACUCCCUCAAGAACUCCCCGACAUCUGUGCUGCCAUCCUUUUAUGAGGCCAUGACCUGUCCCAAUGAAGUCGUGUCCUACGAAAUCGUUCUUUCCAUCACGAGACUCAUCAAGAAGUACAGGAAGGACCUGCAGGCUGUGACGUGGGACAUGCUGCUUAACGUCAUCGAGCGUCUGCUCCAGCAACUCAAAAGCCUGGAGAGCCCGGAGCUGCGAGCCAUCGUGCACGACUUGCUGACGACAGUGGAGGAGCUGUGUGACCAGAAUGAGUUCCAUGGCUCGCAGGAGAGAUACUUCGAGCUCGUCGAGAGAUGUGCUGACCAGAGACCGGAGUCCUCCCUUCUGAACCUGAUCUCGUACAGGGCGCAGUCCAUCCAUCCGGCCAAGGAUGGCUGGAUUCAUAACCUGCAACAGUUGAUGGAGAGGUUCUUCAGGAGCGAGUCCCGCAGUGCUGUGCGCAUCAAGGUGCUGGACGUGCUGUCCUUCGUGCUGCUCAUCAACAGGCAGUUCUACGAGGAGGAGCUGAUCAACUCAGUGGUCAUCUCCCAGCUCUCCCACAUCCCGGAGGACAGAGACCCCCAGGUCCGCAAGCUGGCUACCCAGUUGUUGGUGGACCUGGCGGAAGGCUGCCACACCCAUCAUUUUAACAGUCUCCUGGACAUCAUUGAGAAAGUGAUUGCUCGCUCCUUAUCUCCUCCCACUGAGCUGGAGGAAAGAGGCGUGCCUGCGUACGCGGCAUCCCUGGAGGACGUGAAGACCGCAGUCCUGGGGCUCCUGGUCAUCCUUCAGACCAAGCUCUACGCCCUGCCAGCCAGCCACGCAGCACGUGUAUAUGAGAUGCUUGUGCACCACAUCCACCUGCACUACAAGCACACGUACAGCCUGCCCAUCGCCGGCAGCAUCCGGCUCCAGGCCUUCGACUUCCUGCUGCUGCUGCGGGCAGACGCGCUUCACCGCCUGGGCCUGCCCAGCAAGGACGGCGCCGUGCGCUUCAGCCCCUACUGCCUGUGUGACUACGUGGAGCCAGAGCGAAGCUCAGAGAAGAAGACCAGCGGACCCCUCUCGCCUCCCACAGGGCCUCCUGGCCCGGCGCCCACGGGCCCGGCGGUGCGGCUCGGCUAUCUGCCUUACUCCCUGCUCUUCCAAGUCCUGCUGCAGUGUUUAAAGCAGGAGACGGACUGGAAAGUGCUGAAGUUGGUGCUCAGCAAGCUGCCAGAGUCCCUGCGCUACCAGGUCCUGAUCUUCACCUCGCCCUGCAGCGUCGACCAGCUGUCCUCUGCCCUCUGCUCCAUGCUUACAGGCCCCAAGACCCUGGAACGGUUGAGAGGCACCCCAGAAGGCUUCUCCAGAACCGACUUACACUUGGCGGUGGUGCCGGUAUUAACGGCAUUGAUCUCUUACCACAACUACCUGGACAAGACCAAGCAGCGGGAGCUGGUGUACUGCUUGGAGCAAGGCCUCAUUUACCGAUGUGCCAGCCAGUGUGUGGUGGCCCUGGCCGUGUGCAGUGUGGAGAUGCCAGACGUCAUCAUCAAGGCACUGCCUGUGCUGAUCGUCAAGCUCACGCACAUCUCUGCCACGGCCAGCAUGGCUGUGCCGCUGCUCGAGUUCCUCUCCACUCUGGCGCGGCUGCCACACCUCUACAGGAACUUUGCUGCCGAGCAGUAUGCCAGCGUGUUCGCCAUCUCGCUGCCCUACACCAACCCAUCCAAGUUCAACCAGUACAUCGUGUGUCUGGCCCACCACGUAAUAGCCAUGUGGUUCAUCCGGUGCCGUCUGCCCCUCCGGAAAGACUUUGUUCCUUACAUCACUAAGGGCCUUCGCUCCAACGUCCUCCUGUCUUUUGAUGACACCCCUGAGAAGGACAGCUUCAGAGCGCGGAGCACCAGUCUCAACGAGAGGCCCAAGAGUUUGAGGAUAGCCAGGCCCCUCAGACAAGGCCCGAGUAACUCUGCGCCCGGGAAAGAGCGUCAGGAGAGCUGUGCGGCCGAGGCCUUCCGGUGUCGCAGCAUCAGUGUAUCUGAGCAGGUCGUCCGCAGUAGGAUCCAGACCUCGCUUACCAGCGCCAGCUUGGGCUCUGCGGACGAGAACUCCAUGGCCCAGGCUGAUGACAGCCUGAAGAACCUCCACUUGGAGCUUACUGAGACUUGUCUGGACAUGAUGGCUAGAUAUGUGUUCUCGAACUUCACAGCCGUCCCCAAGAGGUCACCUGUGGGAGAGUUCCUCCUGGCAGGAGGUAGGACCAAGACCUGGCUGGUGGGGAACAAGCUGGUCACCGUGACGACGAGUGUAGGGACUGGCACGCGUUCACUACUGGGCCUGGAUCCUGGCGAGCAGCAGGGAGGCCCAGAGCUGAGCUCCGACCACAGCGUGCACGUGAGGCAGACGAAGGAGGCGCCCGCCAAACUGGAGUCCCAGGCGGGGGUGCAGCUGUGCUGUGGAGCCCGGGACCGGGUCCGCUCCAUGUCAGGGGGCCAUGGUCUACGUGUGGGAGCCCUGGACAGUCCAGCCUCCCACUUCCCAGGAGGCCCCACUUCUCCCGGGUCAGAGACAGUGCUGGCCACAGAGCCCGAGCAGGCCUCCCCCAGGACCCAGGCACCAGCACCGAGGAAGACAAACCUGGCCGCCUACGUGCCCCUGCUGACACAGGGCUGGGCCGAGAUCCUGGUCCGCAGGCCCACAGGGAACACCAGCUGGCUAAUGAGCCUGGAGAACCCACUGAGCCCCUUCUCCUCGGACAUCAACAACACGCCGCUGCAGGAGCUGUCCAACGCCCUCAUGGCUGCUGAGCGCUUUAAGGAGCACCGUGACACAGCCCUGUACAAGUCGCUGUCGGUGCCCACAGCCAGCACCCCCAAGCCUUCCCUUCUGCCCCGCUCCAACACAGUGGCCUCUUUCUGCUCCCUGAGCCAGUCCAGCUGCCGAGGAAAGCUGCACAGGAGUGUUUCCUGGGCAGACUCUCCGGCGGUUCUGGAGGAGGGACGUGCUGGUGAGGUGGACUUGUCUCCUGAGCCCCCUGAGCUGGAGGACUUGGAGGCAGCCUCCGGCCCAGACAGGUGCUGCCGGCUUGCUGGUGCUUACAGCAGGUCGUCCUCUACACCCAGCCAGGAGGAGAAGCUGCUGCACCCCGAGGAGUUGGCUGCCAGGGGCAUCCCCAUGGAGCGGGCCGUGUCCUCUGAGGGCGGCCGUCCCUGCCUGGACCUCUCCUUCCAGCCCUCGCAGCCCCUUAGCAAGUCUAGCUCCUCACCUGAGCUGCAGACCCUGCAGGACGUCCUUGGGGACGCCGGGGACAAGGCUGACUCGGGCCGGCUGAGCCCUGAGGCCAAGGCUCGGUCGCAGUCAGGGACCCUGGAUGGGGAGAGUGCCACCUGGCUGGUCCCAGGCGAGGAGGGCCGGGCGCGUGGACCGGCCCAGCACGAGGGACCACUGUCCUCUGGCUCUCCACGCUCCCCAAGUGGCCUGCGGCCCCGAGGCUACACCAUCUCUGACUCGGCCCCGUCGCGCAGGGGCAGGAGACUAGAAAAGGACGCCUUCCGGGGCCGAGCUGCUGCCUCCAACGCAGAGAAGGUGCCAGGCAUCAACCCCAGUUUUGUGUUCCUGCAGCUCUACCACUCACCAUUCUUUGGGGACGAGUCCAAUAAGCCAAUCCUGCUACCCAAUGAGGCAGGGUUUCAUGUGCUACAGUCCUUCGAGCGGUCCGUGCAACUCCUCGACCAGAUCCCUUCCUAUGACACACACAAAAUCGCCGUCUUGUACGUGGGAGAGGGCCAGAGCAACAGCGAGCUUGCCAUCCUCUCGAAUGAGCACGGCUCUUACAGGUACACGGAGUUCCUGACAGGCCUGGGCAAACUCAUCGAGCUCAAGGACUGCCAGCCGGACAAGGUGUACCUGGGCGGCCUGGACGUGGGCGGGGAGGACGGCCAGUUCACCUACUGCUGGCAUGACGACAUCAUGCAAGCUGUCUUCCACAUCGCCACCCUGAUGCCCACCAAAGAUGGGGACAAACACCGCUGUGACAAGAAGCGCCACUUGGGCAACGACUUUGUGUCCAUCAUCUACAAUGACUCGGGCGAGGACUUCAAGCUAGGCACCAUUAAGGGCCAGUUCAACUUUGUGCACGUGACCAUCACGCCCCUGGACUACGCGUGCAACCUCGUCUCACUGCAGUGCCGGAAAGACAUGGAGGGCCUGGUGGACACCAGUGUGGCCAAGAUCAUAUCCGACUGCAACCUGCCCUUCGUCGCCCGCCAGAUGGCCCUGCAUGCCAACAUGGCCUCCCAGGUCCACCACAGCCGUUCCAACCCCACUGACAUCUACCCUUCCAAGUGGAUCGCCCGGCUGCGCCACAUCAAGCGGCUGCGUCAUCGGAUUCGGGAGGAGGCCCGCUACUUGAGCCCCAGCCUGCCCCUGGCACAGACGCAGCCCCCAGCCCAUGCCCCAGCCCCGCCCGAGCCCACGCCCACCUAUGAGACUGGCCAGAGAAAGCGUCUCAUCUCCUCGGUGGAUGACUUCACAGAGUUCGUGUGA